CAGAGCAGCUUGGAAUUGGAUCCAAAACGCUCCGGAUGCCCCUGACCUGGGUCUCCUCCUUUUCCAACGUCCUCGAAUCCAAGCUACCCGCCCAAAGGGGCAAACCCAUAAUAACCCCCUACUGCACGCCCAAAUGCUCCGCCGCCGCCGCGCCCCGCUCCUCCUCGCGGCCGCGGCGGGCGCGGCGCUGGCGGCCACGUCCACCGCCUCCCCUUCCACCGACGGCCUCGGCGCUCCCUCCACGCUCCACGGCGUCGCCCGCUCCUCCCGCGCCAUUUACACGAUUGGCUUCGUGGUCCUGGACUACAAAUACUCGCUGCGGGGGCUGGUUCCUGGGUCGGCAGAUUACCGGGGUUCACUUGAGGUCAGCAAAAAAGCUACUUAGACUAUGUGAAGUGAACAGAGGAUUUUAUGUAAAAGCUGGUCAGUUUGUUUCAUCACUAAGACAAGUACCAAAGGAGUACAUAUCUACUCUCUCCUGCCUGCAGGAUCAGGCAACUCCAUGCAAAUAUCAAGAUAUCAAAAUAGUGAUUGAACAAAAUUUUGGCAAGGAUUUACAUGACAUAUUCCUGGAAUUUGAUGAACAUCCGAUCGCUGCUGCAUCAAUUGCUCAGGUUCAUCGAGGUCGGUUGAAUAAUAAUCAGGAAGUAGCUGUAAAGGUUCAGUAUCCUGGGUUGGAGCGGCGAAUGAAGCUAGACAUAAUGACUAUGUCUCUCUUGUCAAAAUAUGUCUCUUUGAUCUUUCCUGAUUAUAGGUUUGAGAAAAUAUUACUUGAAUUUGAGAGAACCAUGUCAAUGGAACUGGAUUUUACCCAAGAAGCUAAGAAUUCCGAGAGAACUGCAAGAUGCUUCAGGAAAAAUGAUGUUGUCAAAAUACCUCAUGUGUUUUGGGAACUGACAACCAAGGAGGUCUUAACAAUGGAAUUUUGUACCGGCCACAAGGUUGAUGACUUGGACUUCCUAAGGAAGGCAGAUAUCAGCCCAACAAAGGUAGCUAAAGCAUUAAUCGAACUGUUUGGUGAAAUGAUAUUUAUACAUGGUUUUGUUCAUGGUGAUCCUCAUCCUGGAAACAUAUUGGUUUCUCCUCGAGGCCAAGGGAGAUUUUCAUUAGUUUUGUUGGAUCAUGGCAUUUAUAAAGAAUUGGACCCAAAGUUUAGACUGGACUAUUGUAAGCUGUGGAAAGCAUUGAUAUCGCUGGAUGUGCCAAAAAUUCUGGAGUUAGGUGAACAGUUUGGUGUCGGAAAAUAUGCAAAGUACUUCCCUUUAAUAUUCACUGGAAGGACUAUAUACAGCAAAUCAGCUCUUGGAACACAAGUAUCUGGUGAAGAGAAGACACGUAUAAAGCAAGACUUGAGCUCUCUUGGAAUGGAUGAUAUAUCUUCAUUUAUGGAAUCCUUGCCGCCUGACUUUCUGGUCAUACUUCGAACAGAUGGACUAUUGAGGUCCAUUUUAGGGAAUCUAGGGGCCCCACGUCAUGUUCGACUUCUUGCUUAUGCAAAGUGUGCCAUAUAUGGCCAUGAGGAACAGUCCAGAUUGGAGUCUGGUGCAAUCAACCGUCUAUCGUUGCGAGUCAAAACAAGCAUCAGCUAUCUCCAUCUGAGGAUACUCAUUGGUAAUAACUAGCGAGGUUGUUGGUGCAGUUUAAUGACUACAAGCAUAAGAUCAAGGACAAAUUGAGUUGGAUGCUCCUGAAGAUAAGUCGAGAUGUUUUGGGUUGGUACAAACCUCUGAUGUGAUGUCCUGCAGCUGAACAAGUUUGGCAAAUGGGGGGCAGGAAGGAGGUCGUGCACGUCUGAAGGGAACUCGCAGCUGGAUUCAGCAAAUUGUACAAUUACUACCUCCAUACCAAAAUAUAAGACGUUCUUGUAGGCUAAAUACGGAGGUAAUAGAUGGCUGGACGCUGAUGCUACUAAGUUGUGUUGACUUCUACUUUUAUGUACAUGUGGUCCACAUAUAUACUCUGCUAGAAAUUUAGAUGUUUAUCAGGAGUAGUACCCUGUGUCAGUGUCACCUUUUUUUUUCUGCGGGGGAGUGUCACAGAGAGAAUUCACAUGUCCCUCAAGAAAAAAAAAGAAUUCACAUGCACGUACAGUCUACCUGUUAUGUUUGACUCGGAGUGGUAAGUAUCAUGUCAGUGAUUAUUGUUACCUCAAA